GCCCGCGCCCAGGCACCCCCAGGUCCCGCUGCCACCCUGCUCCAGGCCCUCGGGCUGCGCGAGGUGCCCCGGGGCGACUCCACACCUCGGCCCGUGCCCCCCGUCAUGUGGCGCCUGUUCCGACUCCGAGACCCCCAGGAGACCAGGGCAGGCUCGCGGCGGAUGUCCCUGGGGGCCACCCCGCGGCCGUGCCACAUGGAGGAGCUGGGGGUCGCCGGAAACAUCGUGCGCCACGUUCAGGACCGCGGUGCUGCUGCGCGGCCCCCGGAGUCUGCGUCGGCUGCCGACUUGUGCCCCGCGUGGACCGCCGUCUUCGACCUGUCGGCCGUGGGACCCGCCGAGCGCCUGAGCAGCGCGCGACUGGAGCUGCGCUUUGCGGAGGGGGCCGCGGGCCCGACGGACGGCUGGGAGCUGAGCGUGGGGCUCGCGCCUGGGCCGCGUUCCGAGUCCGCCCUCGGGAUGCCGCUGCGCCUGGUGGUCCCCUCGCUGCGCACGCCGGUGCGCGCGGAGCUGCUGGACGCCGCCUGGGCCCGCAAUGUCUCGGCGCCGAGUACUCUGCGCCUGGCGCUGGCACUGCACCCCCGGGGCCCUGGCGCCUGCGCGCGCCUGACCGAGGCUGCGCUGCUGCUGGUGACCCUGGAUCCGCGCUUCUGUUACCCCCCAGUUCGGCCGCGGCGCGAAGUGGCCCCGGUAGCUGGCGGCGGUCCUUGCCGCGCGCGGCGGCUCUACGUGAGCUUCCGCGAGGUGGGCUGGCAUCAUUGGAUCAUCGCCCCUCGAGGAUUCAUGGCCAACUACUGCCAAGGGCCGUGCGCUCUACCCUCCGCCCUGGGCGCCACGGGGCAGCCGGCGUUCAACCACGCGGCGCUGCGCGCGCUCAUGUACUCAGUGGCGCCCGGCGCCCAGAGUGGCCUGCCCUGUUGCGUGCCCGCACGUCUCUCGCCCAUCUCCGUUCUCUUUUUUGACAACAGCGACAACGUGGUGCUCCGGCACUAUGAGGACAUGGUGGUGGAUGAAUGCGGCUGCCGCUGACCAAGGAAGCAGUGUG